GUUGUUGACUCCUUCGUAAGCUGUCUCUCACUUGGAGCUAAAAAGUUUAGCGUGUUCCAUAUGGGGGAAGGAAGAUAAUGAUCACUCAGCAAAGCUCCCAUAAAUAAAGCCACCAAAUUGUUGGUUACCCAAUUUUUAUUUUUAUUUUUAAUAGAUUGGUUUAGAUUUAGAUAUUUCUUUUUUGGGUCUUUGCUAGUAUUUGCUUAGUAUCUAGCUCAAAGGAGUAUAAUUUUCACACCAACCCCACUACAAAAAUGGAUUUUCAUUUGCAACAUGUGGCAAUUUUCUUGAACUGUUUUUGAGUUUUAGUUUUUUUUUAAGUAUUACAAACAACUGUGGCAAUCUCCAAGUAGUAGUAACUCAAACUCAAAAGUUUGGUUGUAGUAUAGUGUGUGUCUUUGGUAGCCGUAUGUGAUCUGAAUCUAUUCCAUUCCUUCUUAUCUGGAUAGCUAGAAACUCAAAGAAUCUCUCUCUUUUCACACCAUGUGAAAGCAGUAUAGGCAUAGUGAGAAACAGAGUUUUGAUUAGGUAAGGUUGUUUUGGAGCUAGAAUCAAUGGUGUCAAAAUCUUAUUCAAAUCUAUUGGAGCUUGCCUCGGGUGAGUCUCCGACCUUUGGCCUCAUGAGCCGGAGAAUUCCGCGUAUUAUGACGGUGGCCGGCUUGAUAUCUGAUAUAGAUGAUGACAAGUCUGAGAGUGUUUGCUCUGACCCGUCUUCAUCGUCGGCUCUGAGAGACCGAAUCAUAAUAGUGGCUAAUCAGCUCCCUCUAAGAGCUCAAAGGAAAACAGAUGGUAGUAAGGGUUGGAAUUUUAGUUGGGAUGAGGAUUCACUUUUGCUUCAACUGAGAGAUGGUAUAGGGGAUCAUGAUAUGGAGGUUAUUUAUGUGGGUUGUCUCAAGGAAGAUGUUCACCCAAAUGAACAAGAUGAGGUUUCCCAAACACUGCUUGAGACCUUUAAAUGUGUCCCUACCUUUCUUCCACCGGAUCUUUUUAGCAGGUACUAUCAUGGCUUUUGCAAGCAGCAAUUAUGGCCUCUGUUUCAUUACAUGUUGCCUUUGUCGCCGGACCUUGGUGGUAGGUUUAACCGGUCAUUGUGGCAAGCAUAUGUGUCGGUUAAUAAGAUAUUUGCAGAUAGGAUUAUGGAAGUGAUCAACCCAGAGGAUGAUUUUGUGUGGGUACAUGAUUAUCAUCUGAUGGUCUUGCCAACUUUCUUGAGGAAAAGGUUCAAUAGAGUCAAACUUGGGUUCUUCCUCCAUAGUCCAUUCCCUUCAUCAGAGAUUUAUAAGACACUGCCUAUUAGGGAAGAGCUUCUUCGGGCCCUUCUGAAUGCAGAUUUGAUUGGGUUCCAUACUUUUGAUUAUGCUCGACAUUUUUUAUCCUGUUGUAGUCGGAUGCUUGGUCUUACCUAUGAAUCCAAGCGGGGAUAUAUAGGCCUUGAGUAUUAUGGUCGGACUGUUAGCAUCAAAAUUCUUCCAGUUGGUAUACAUAUGGGCCAGCUGCAGUCGGUGUUGAGCCUCCCGGAGACUGAAGAGAAGGUUGCCGAGCUUCUCAAGCAGUAUUGUGAUCAGGGUAGAAUAAUGUUACUUGGGGUGGAUGACAUGGACAUAUUUAAGGGUAUAAGUUUGAAGCUUUUGGCAAUGGAACAGCUUCUUAUGCAGCAUCCAGAAUGGCGGGGCAAAGUGGUGUUGGUACAGAUAGCCAAUCCAGCGAGGGGCAGAGGGAAAGAUGUGAAAGAGGUUCAGGCUGAGACUUCCUCAACUGUGAAGCGGAUCAAUGAAACUUUUGGAAAACCAGGGUAUAACCCUGUUGUCUUGAUUGAUGAGCCGCUUAAGUUUUAUGAGAGAAUGGCAUAUUAUGUUGUUGCUGAGUGUUGUUUGGUCACAGCGGUGAGAGAUGGGAUGAAUCUCAUACCGUAUGAGUACAUAAUCAGUCGGCAAGGGAAUGAGAAAUUAGAUGAAGUAUUGGGACUGAAACCAUCAACCCCAAAGAAAAGCAUGUUAGUUGUCUCUGAGUUCAUUGGGUGCUCACCAUCUUUGAGUGGAGCAAUUCGAGUGAAUCCCUGGAAUAUUGAUGCGGUGGCAGAUGCCAUGGACUCUGCCCUCGAGUUGGCUGAGCCUGAAAAGCAGCUCCGGCAUGAGAAACAUUAUAGAUAUGUCAGUACCCAUGACGUUGGGUAUUGGGCUCGUAGUUUCCUUCAAGAUUUGGAGAGGACGUGUCAGGAUCAUGUGCGGCGGAGGUGCUGGGGUAUAGGAUUUGGAUUGAGUUUUAGAGUUGUGGCACUUGAUCCAAGCUUCAGGAAGCUCUCAAUGGAACAAAUAGUGUCUGCUUACAGAAGGACUAAAACAAGGGCAAUCCUUCUAGACUAUGAUGGUACACUAAUGCCUCAGGCUUCCAUUGAUAAGAGCCCAACCUCAAAGUCCAUUGAUAUUAUUAAUAGUCUGUGUAGAGAUAAGAACAACAUGGUUUUCAUUGUCAGUGCUAGAAGCCGAAAGACUCUUGGUGAAUGGUUUUCUCCCUGUGAGAAUCUGGGAAUUGCAGCUGAGCAUGGCUAUUUCCUAAGGCUGAAGCGAGAUGUGGAGUGGGAAACAUGUGUUCCAGUUGCAGACUGUAGUUGGAAGCAGAUCGCUGAGCCAGUAAUGAAGCUGUAUACUGAAACGACUGAUGGGUCCACCAUUGAAGAUAAAGAAACUUCACUUGUCUGGUCUUAUGAGGAUGCAGAUCCAGAUUUUGGGUCAUGCCAAGCUAAGGAACUUCUUGAUCAUCUCGAAAGUGUGCUUGCUAAUGAACCAGUUACAGUUAAGAGUGGACAGAAUACUGUGGAGGUUAAGCCACAGGGUGUUAGCAAGGGACUUGUGGCUAAGCGUCUGCUUUCUAUCAUGCAAGAAAAGGGACCGUCCCCUGAUUUUGUUCUGUGCAUAGGAGAUGACCGAUCUGAUGAAGACAUGUUUGAGGUAAUCACCAGUUCCAUGGCAGGUCCAUCCAUUGCUCCCAGGGCAGAAGUGUUUGCAUGUACUGUUGGUAAAAAACCCAGUAAGGCUAAGUACUAUCUUGAUGAUACGGUGGAAAUUGUUAGAUUGAUGCAGGGUUUGGCUUCUGUUUCAGAACAAACUAAUUCUGGGUAGGCUCAACAUAGACAAUCGAACUAUCUUUGCGUCUUUCAUUCGUAUGUUCGAAAUUGUAAAAAUGUAGGCUGAGAGGUGUAUUUCACGUUAUCUUCUUUUAUUUUGUUGGUUUUCUUUAAUGUUGUAUAUUAUUGUAGUGUUACUAAGAAGAGCUGUGCCACCAGACACUCGCGUUUGUUCUCCAUCUAGUGAAGCUGUACAUAUGUUUCUGUUGUGAAAUAUGAGCUCUCUCAUGUGCGUGCAAUCGGUAAUACACUCUUAUACUUGGAGAAACUACCGCUUGACCAUUGCAUAUGCUACAUCACAGUAUUGGAAGCCUGGGUUUAUAAAUUACUAUUUGUUAAA